UUCAAAAAAGGAUGGAAACGAGAAACAGGGGGAGCUCGAGGGGGAAGAAGAAGGGAAGGAGAGGGAGAAGAGCGUGCCGGCGUCGCGCCCAGCUCGUCGCCGUGGAGCUGUCACCGCUCUCAUCACGGGCCGUCGCUCGUUGUCGCUGCUGGGUUAUUCGUCACCGCUACUGCAGACAAGAAGAGAAAGAGAGAAAGCCAGCGCGAGAGAAGAGGAGGAGGGCCGCUGUCUCGCGCCGUCACUGUCACGCCUUGUUGUCGCAGCUAUGGAGACCGCCACCGUUGUUGGAAUCGCUAACUGAGGAGAAAGGGAGAGCGACGCUGAGAGAGAUUGACGGAAGCCAGUGAAGCGCGUGAGAGAAGGGGAGCCGAUUUCCGUCACCGCCACUGCACCCAGUCGCCACCGGUGGAGCUCGCUGUCCCUGGAGGUGAAUCGGUGUCGCGUCCUUGCUGCCAGGCCACCAGCGCUACUGCUACUCCUCAAAUUCGGCCUCCUUUCCUUUGGGGGUUUCUGCCCCAAAUUCCACCCCCAACAUCACCAUCCUUCUUGUAUUCAUCAUUUCUUUGCUUCAUCCAAUAUUUUCGGUAUUAUGGACAUAUCUUUGUUAAAUGUGCUCUCCAAUGGCAUAUCCUCAUUUUUGCAUCCAUCAUUUUCAGAAUUGACCAAAAAAAAGUUGUAUCAAAUUUAACAUGUGCUUGAGGAUGACCCUAGAUAUUGGCAAGUGAUGUCAUCUGCACUCUCAGUUGGUUGGCUUGAUAUUGUGGUGAAAAUGCUGCGGUUGCAUGGAUCUUAUCAACUAGAUCAGCUUAGUAAUCGUGAGUUAGAGAAUGGGCUUGUGGAGGCAGUUGCUGUUCUUAUUUCCAAAAUGCUCCGCCUAUGUCAUGAAUCUACCAAUGGAAAAUUAGGUGAACUCUUUAAAUCCAAGCCUGACUUCAUCAAGGUAAAGUUUGCAAUCCAAUACAUGCGAAGAGCAAUUCAAAAGCUUUUGGGUUGCACUGAAGAAAAUCUAGAAGAAGGGAAAGGGUGCUGCCUAAUUGUUCUAUUCUCAUACUUGGAUUUUGGAUGAGAUGGAAUGAGUCUUAUAAUGACUUUAGUUAUCUACAUGUAAUAUUUUGAUGUCUUGUGUACUUUUUGAAACGAGAUUUUACGGGUUAUUACAUGAAAUCGAUAUUUACACUAUUUUUAUUUGUGUUGUUUGGACUAAACAUAUCUAGAUUAUAAUAAAAUUUUUAUGAUUUAAAUUUCUUGAA